GGUGCGCGCCGGAAGUGUCGCUGGCACCGGAAGUGUCGCAAGGGCGGCGGCGCGCAGGGAGGCGCUCGGUUCCGGGCGGCUCCGGGCCGCUGUCUCUUCCGCCGCCCCCGCCGCCGCCAUGGGCGCCAGCGGCUCCAAGUCGCGGGGUUUGUGGCCCUUCGCCUCCCCGGCGGCGGGCGGCGGCGGCGGCGCAGAGGGCCCCGGCGGGCAGCAGGCCCUGGCCCGGGCCCGGGCCGCGCGCGCCGCCACCCCCUUCGUCUUCACACGACGCGGGUCAAUGUAUUAUGAUGAGGAUGGGGAUCUUGCCCACGAGUUCUACGAAGAGACAAUCGUUACCAAGAAUGGGAGAAAGCGCGCCAAGCUGAAGAGGAUCCACAAGAACCUGAUACCUCAGGGCAUAGUGAAACUGGAGCACCCUCGCAUUCAUGUGGAUUUCCCGGUGAUCAUCUGUGAGGUGUGAGCCGAAGGACAUUGCUGCCCGCAGGCGGGAGGCCCUGCCCCACCGCCCCCAGCCUCACCAGGCAAGGCUGCAUCGUGUUCCUACCCGAGGAGGACUCCGGGCGUGCGGCAGGACAGCGGCUCUCCCCUCGCCCGGAGGUGAGGCAGGACAGAUGGAGCAGGCCACGCUGGGCUUGGCUAGCGCUCCUUGCAGGAGAUGGGUGACCUUGUGCAAUGACUGCUUAAAAACACCCUCGCUUGAGUCAGAAGACUAAAAUACCUUUUGUAGCCUCUAGCCAACAUUUGGUGGGUAACUGGAACUGCAAAAGAGCUGCUGUAUGUGAGCUGUUGAAGGGAGAGCGAGCCUGCACUUCUCACCAGACAAAAUCCCCUGCUUCUCAGGUAUGCGGCCCAGGGAGAGCCAGGGCACGGGAACGCGCUGCCCAGUGCCCUGCGUCCCUCGGACCCGGUGAUCAGACGGCCAGUGCUGCAGCGUGCUGCUUGACGUGGGUGUGAUGUGAUGCUCUCUGGGGUGGGUCUGUCGAUGGAGGAUGGAGGCCGAGGGGUGGCCGGUCUCAAAGCACAUCUGGCUGGCUGCUGCACUCCUCUUGGGAAGGGAACAGAGAUCGGAUGCCACUAUCUUGGACCUCGGUCGCUUCCCCCUCUGCAUUUCCCUGCUUAUGCCAGCUCUCGGGAGGUCGUCUUCACUGCUGCCUGCAGUCCCUCUGCCCACGGGAGAUCUCUGUGGUCCGUGGCCGCUGCUGGCGGCAGCGAGGUCCCCAGCGCUGCAGCGGGCUUGCCUCCCCCGUUAGCGGGCUGGCUCCUGCACCAUCCCUUGCCCGCUGUGGGGCCUGGCUGCCAGGCAAGGUGUCUGCUCAUAACAUCCUCGCUCCCUGCUCUCAUCUUGAACGUACCUCCUGGUGGGGUGGGCCUUGACAGAGCCAAACAGGAAGGAAAUCUUUUCUUCCCUCCCUGUCCUCUGAAAACAAUCGGUCGGUGUGCCUGCCCCGGCUUGGAAAUCUCCCUGGCUAUGUGAACUACGGUUCCUCCCGCUUCCCAGCUGGCGGCAGGAGGAGAAACGCAAUGCACUUUAAAGGGAGGCUUUCUGCUCUGUCUUGAAAGGUCCUGCUCUUUUCUCCUCUUUCCUCCUGCUCGAGAAGGUUGGGGUCACCCUGGCAGCACUGAAAAACCUCUCACCCCUGUGUGCGGCCCUGGGGUGCCGAGUCAGCUGCUGCAGAGCUGGGAAAAGAUGUGACUGACACUGCCUCUCGCCAGCUCUGGGAGCCACUGCCUCCUUGCUCAGCUUCCCUGGACCGUCCGUGGGGCAGUGAGCACAGCUUUAAACUGGGUCAGAGUCUGCUCCCCACAGCAGCCGGCUCAGCUUUCCUCCUCUUUCGUUCCAGAACUUAUUUACUUUCUAAGCACUUCAGACGUUCGCUACCUCGAUUUUUAAUUUAAGCUGCUGGCACUUGGCUGCCAGCCCUGUCGACAUCUAUGUUGGAUGUAUCCAUCCCCACGCCCGCUGAAGGCCGCCCGGGCGCGGGGCCACAUUCCCGGCCUCUGGGAGAUAACAGCGGCGUGGCUGUUGCCGUCUUCCUGUCACCACCUCUUCCCUCCGCAUCCCCACACCCGCUGUUCCCUUUGACAGAAGCAAGCACGGAGGGUGAAGCAUAGAGGGUGAAACGGAUGUGCUGGCUGCCGCCGGGCAGGGAAGCGGGAGGGCAGGGCUCUGCCGGCAAGCUCGUCUACACUGUGAUGCUGAGUGCUUCUUUCGACAUCUUUUGUUCUCCUGCUUGCUUGAAAGAGUCUUGUCUUAAAACAAUCCCCCCACUGAAGUGUUUCUUAUUCACACACCACCUGCUCUCGAGUCUCUCCUGAGCUGGAUCUCCCUGGGAAGGGCAUCGCUCGGGCUCUGACGGAGACCAGGAGCUGCUGUCCUCAGGAAGAGGAGAGAAAGCUGUGGCUGGGGCUGUCCCGAGUGUGUGGGAAGCUGCACUGAACCCACCUUGGGUACGGAAGAAGGCAGAGGAGGAUUGAGGAGGGGGCCAGUGCCGUUUGCUUGCCCCAAUGGGAGCCCCUCACCUGGCUACCCGCCAAAAUCCGGCUGACAAGGCAGAGCCCGAACCCUGGGAGAGAAAAGACCAAGACCAGCUUAGCGACGAUGCUUUUGUCCUCCCUGACAGGCUGCCCACCCUUCCCCCAGCGCAUCAAACAUGCUUCUCCCUAUAAAAACACGCCUUCUCCCUUCCCACCGUGUCACCGGAGUGGCAGCAAACCUCCGCAGGCUGCCAACAAGCCGCGUCCUGCCUCACUUCUUCCCAGGCUGAUCCCGGAGCAGCCAGCCCCCCAGCCCCCUCCCCUCCACCGGCCCCCAGCCCUCCUGUGGGAGCAGGGCCUUGGGAGGACCUGGAGGGAUCUUAAAAAUGUGAAGGUCGCUGUAAAUAGUAUUUGUGUCCACUGUGGUGUUGGAGCAAGCAAAAAAAAAAAGGAAAGUUUUCCUUGUGUUUUGGGUUUUUUUUACACUUUCUGUGCGAUGUUGUGCUUUCCCAUAUGGGUGUGUAGCCGAACCGUAUUCACUGACACUAGGCUCCUUGCUCCUCUAGUGUGUGGGUAGGACCCGUGGGGCUGGGGAAACGUACACUAUUUAUGGUCCUUCCUCCCAGCGCACCUCUCCACUUUUGUUAAAUUUCAAUAAAAUUAUUUGUAGAGCCUGCAAGUCCGUGAGCUGCGUUCCUGGGGAAGGUGAGCGGCCAUGCCUGGAGCAGGGAAAGGUGUUGGCGAAUCGAGGGGAGGUGGGCUUUGCUGUGCCAGGCUUUCUUCUACCAAAGGGAAGGUGGGCUUUGCUGUGCCAGGCUGUUUCCUACUGGUACUUUGUUUUUUGGAAUGGAGAUGUUUGUGCACAUGUAGCUGAACUGGUGGUAAAGGAGGUGUGAGCCAUAGUUGUUUCCAGGUGCUCAAGUUUGGGACGUGAUGCUGGCGGGAG